AAAACUAGUUGCGCUGCAAUGCUUGUUGCCAUCCCCAUUCUCUUUGUUGGGGCGGGGGUUUUCCAAAUUUGUGUCGUCGCAGAUUCAAGCCAGAUUUACAGCAGCAACAGCUGUGAACUGGAUGUGGGGCGCUAGCCUUGACGUUAUUGUACAUUCGGCCAACGAGUUAUUGCGUAUUCAGUCGAAGAUGGUGAAACACCGUAGCAACAGUUUCUCCAGCAGCAGGGAGCAGUUUGUCAGAGUGUUAAUCUCAGUCUCAGUAUUAUUUCAUAAUUGCGUCUUACGUGCCAGCGAAUUGAACAAGAACAAUGGCAUCAUGUUUCCCAAUCGACCGCAGCAGAUCGUCAACUCGGGUGACAACGUCACCAUCACCUGCAUUUUCAUCCACUCGGCCGAAAUCAAAUGGAUUUAUCCCGAAUAUCUCUUCAAAACGCCACAAAUCAGCAUGAGCGACAAACGUUUGAACUUUACGUACGAAAAGAACGAGACUCACGUUUCGUCGACAAUGACCCUGUUAAAAGCCCGGGCGAGAGACACGGGCUACUACGAGUGUUACCUGCCCCUGUUUGGCGAACUGCGAGUCAAACAAUAUCUCUACGUCUUCAACAAGAGGGAGGCCGUGUACAAGGAUGGCAAUCAGGAGCGAUUCGUGAUCGAAAAAGGCGAAGAUGCCACCGUUCCCUGUAAGCCAACACACCCAAAUGUUGUCAUGUCGCUGAAACGGACCACCCAGUUGGUCGUCGGAAGUCUCCCACCGGAGGAAUUGCAACGGGAAUUAUUGUCAGGCCCGCCCAGUUGGUCUCGCCAAUCUACCAAGGGGUUGACGCUGAGACAGGUGACCCUUGACGACUUUGGCAGUUACGUUUGUUCGGGUAAAAUGAGCAACACGACGGACAAGGCGACCAACGAAAGAUUCAAAAUGAUAGUCUCCGGACUCGAUUUAAAACGAAACAACAGUCUACGCAAUCCGGUGGCUGGAAGUGACGUCACGCUCAUCUGCCGCGCUUACGUCUUCUCUUCUCCGCCGACGUGGGGAUAUUUCCAGACGACCAACGACACCGAAGAAUUAAUUUACAUCAACGAAUCAGAUCCGCCAUCCGCGUUUGAAAUGGAAAUUAACACGACAUCGUUGGCCAUUGGAGGAGAAGCGGACGAUUACUACCAGAGCACUUUGACGCUGUACAACGUCACAGCCGAUUAUCCGAGAAAGUUUAAAUGCAGAGCAGUCAACGAAGUUGGCGAUGUGGCCAUGGACACAAUUUCCUUCAGAGUUACCAACACUCGCAUUCCCUUUUUAAUGAAUGCAAAUAAGGUAACUGAAGUGACGCUGAUCAAAGGAAUUGCGCGAAAUUUGACUUGCACCGGACACGGAAUUCCGACACCAGAAAUCCAAUGGUUUAAGGAUGGCGUUGAAUAUUUUGACGAAGUCUACUCCAUCGGCAACUCGACCGUGUUGACUCUGCAAGGAUCCGAAGAGGAAGUCGGCUCGUACGCCUGUCAGUUGAGCAACUACCUGGGCGAAAGUUACAAGAAUUUUACCGUCGUCUUUACCGAAGCGCCGGAUGCGAUGGACAACACAGUUGUGAUUGCCGCCGCCACAGUUACAAUGGCCAUCGUGCUGGCCAUAACAGUGAUUGGAGCUAAAGUCUACCUCGAUAAGAAACGAAUGAAUUUAUUUCCCGGAGCACUCGCUUUACUUAACGGAAACCCAAGAGAAAUCAACGACCAACUCAAUUUGGACGAACAAGUUGAAAUAUUGCCCUACGAUAAGCGAUGGGAAUUUCCCAGGAGUCGACUCAAACUGGGUGUACAGCUGGGAGCUGGAUGCUUCGGUCGAGUGGUCAAAGGCGAGGCGGUCGGAGUCAAAGACUCUGAGGAAACUGUCAAAACGGUGGCCGUCAAAAUGGUCAAGUCGCAAACCAACGUCGCUGCUCUCGAGGCUCUCAUCGGUGAAUUAAAAAUCAUGAUCCACCUUGGGGCUCAUUUGAACGUGGUUAAUCUACUGGGGGCCUGCACCAAAAGCAUCAUAAGAGGAGAACUGAUGGUGAUUGUCGAGUAUUGCCGAUAUGGCAAUUUGCAAACGUAUUUGGUCAAACACCGGCCGAACUUUAUCAAUCAAGUGGACGAACUUGGCAAUCUCUUGUCGGAUGCGGAAAUGGAAGAAAUGGCCAACAUGGCCAAUAACAGCCAAGAGUUGGAGAACCCAGACAAGUCUGAAGGAUCGCAGCCUUCCGAUGCCAACACUUUAGACGAAAACAAUUCCGCUAAUCCAGAUGGGCCGGCGAGUAGUGAAUGUAUGAAAGAACCGGAAUCUUUCUGGGCGUACCAACAAGACCCCGACGCCAAUGUGCAUGGACUGACCAUGACCACAGCGGAUUUGAUCUCUUGGUCAUUCCAAAUUGCCAGGGGAAUGGAUUACUUGGCUAGCAGAAAAGUUCUUCACGGCGAUUUGGCCGCCCGUAAUGUUCUGCUGGCCGACGACGGAGUGGCCAAAGUGGCCGAUUUCGGAAUGUCACGAAACAUGUAUUACGAGGGAAAUUACCAGAAAUCGUCGCAGGGAUUGAUGCCUGUCAAGUGGAUGGCCAUCGAAUCGUUGACGGAUCGCGUCUUUUCCACACAAUCCGACACUUGGUCGUACGGUGUGCUGCUGUGGGAACUCUUUACACUGGGAAAAAUCCCUUACCCAGGAAUGGAUGCCAAUCAUCAACUGGUCCGCCAACUGGAAAAUGGAUACCGGAUGGAGAAACCCGCUUAUGCACCCAAUUACAUUGGUGAAAUCAUGGCCGGCUGUUGGAAAGCGGAUCCCAAAGAGAGGCCGACCUUCAGUCACAUCGAGCAAACAAUCAGCAGCGAAAUGGAGUCGACAGUCAGCGAUCAUUAUUUGAAUUUGAACGACUCGUACGAGAAGCUCAACGAAGAGAAAGUCACGGCUACUACGUGCGAACCUUUGGGGCUGGCCAAAGCGCUGGAAACGAAAGAAAAACCCACUAGAUGGACCUCUCUAACUACGCGUGUCAGCAACACGGAACCAAAGCCACAAAUCAAGGAAUUUACUAGUUUGCGAGAUAUCCGUAGGGCGCAGAGUGCAGUCAAUGCUUUCCAAACAACAGCCAAUCCAAAUCAAUACGUUUAAACCGGGGGCCUUGUCGAUAUCGGGUUAACCAUCAGCUUUAUCGUAACGUUGGGUAAACAGGUUAAAUCAAAUUCGUUGUCAUCAAAAUCACCGACCAAACAAUAACAAGUUUUACCAUUUCAUCGCUGUGCCAUGAAUCGGAUGUGUAAAGUUAAACAGUGAAGCAAUAUAACUAUAAGGUAUUUUGGUU